GGGCUGUUACUCACCCUCGGCUCUCCCCUGCACACCACGUGCUGCCGUGGCCUCAGCAGCCCCUGUUCUGCGUCCACAGCAACUGGAGCACACGGGCAGCCCAGCAGGGCAGGAUGUCAGCAGGGCAGGAGCCAAGGGAUGUGCAGAAGAAUGUCUCAUUUGGGACAACUCAGGAAAGGAAGAUGUUCCCCUACUACUACGCCCCAGACAGGCUGGGCAUCGAGGUGGCGGCCGUCGGGGGAAACCCGCUGGUUGGACCAGGCUGUUACCUGGGCCAGGAGACAACCAUCCUGCAACCCUCCCUGAGCACCAGACCCAUGAGCAGCAAGGGUUACGUGAUGGGAGCGAGGACAGGCCCACGCUUCAUGCCGAGGAACCGGACGGUGACCCCCGGCCCAGCAGCGUACGAGCCCUUCCGGAUGGAGAAGAGGAAGUGCCAACCUGCCUAUGCCCCAUUUUCCUCCAGUACACCACGAUUUUCAUCCAGGCCUCCAGACAGAGAACUUUUCCCUGGGCCUGGAACUUACAACAUAGAGCAGCCAUUGAACAAAAAAGUCACUUGGCCCAUGAGGUUUGGGUCUCCAGACUGGUCUUCAGUGCCUAAGCCACCAAAGAAGAUGGUAAAAAGAGAGGUGCAGGAGAUGACCAUGGACAAAGAAUCCAAAAAGCACCAGGAGCGAGUGGCCUACCUGAAGCUGUACUUUGACUGAGGGGCUGUGCCGUGCCCCCUCCUCUGGAGACACCCACCUGCACCACCAGGCUCAAAGAACCAAUAAAACGUCUCAAAUGUUUUAAAAUCCGAAUAAAAUCGUCUCAAACAGA